AUGCUAGCACAACGCCUCCUCGUUACUCCCGCCCAGCGCGUCCCAUGGCGGCGAGUCCCACGAUAUGCACCGGCACUACGACAUACCUCAUCAGAGGCUGGCGAGAACAAUACCGGACAUAUUUCGACAUCUCCUAGCGAAGGCAUCAUAUUCUUCAACAACCUACUUCCCCUGAACGCUCAGUGGUACCACAGACUUACAGGACUGCUGGAUAGACGACGUUUCUCCGUCUUGCAGGACCACGCUAAGUUCGAGCGGAUAGGCGCGGUAUCACCCACCAAAGUUGUGCAUGAUGCUGUCCAGGGUAGCAAACUCGGUCUUGGUCAUAUCGAGGUGGUCGAGGUCCUGCCACGAGUCAACGAAGCCGGUGCUUUCUUGAAGUUCAGUCAUGAUGCGGCCACUGACGCAGCUACGGUCGCUGAGGCAGUCCGGCAGCAUCUGCUGGCCCACAGUGUACGGCCAUGGUGGAAUCCCUUCACCAGUGUCAGAGCAAGCCUUGUGUUAGGUAGGCCCUGGGUGGAAGAUCUGUUCCGUCUACCCUCCAAACGUGUCAAGGUCGAAUUUCUGCCCUCUCAGCCAGGUGCUGAAGCAGCGGAGCUCAACCAGGAGCAGCUAUACACGUUCUUUCGACCCUAUGGCAAGCUGGCCGAUAUCGUCGCUCAGCCAUCCGACUCGAAGGUGGUACCUCGCUAUGCUUACUUGGACUUCUCGCGGACUGGAAAGGCUAUCAUGGCGAAGAAUUGCCUGCAUGGAUACACAGUACCAUCUGGGCAGGGAGGUGGCAGUUCUGGGACAAUUCUACAAGUGACAUACGAGAAGAAGCAGCGCAGUGGGUGGGCGAAAGACUGGAUCUUCAACCAUCCGCGGAUCACGAUCCCUCUUCUGGCUGCUCUAGUUGCCGGUAUCACGGUCGCUAUCUUUGACCCCAUUCGUACCUUCAGCAUCAGGACUCACAUAACGCGUACUUUCCAUCUCGAGGACAAUGUCGUCUUCCGUUGGUUUAAGACGCAAAGCGAAGACUUGAUCAAUCGUGUCAAGCAAUUCAGACAUGGUAUGGACACGAACGACGCUGGUAUGCAGGUAGUCUGGGACGACCGAAAAGGCGAAAUUGAGCAGAUUCAGUCUUGGCUAAUGGAGACCGCCGAUACUUUCAUCAUCGUACAAGGUCCGAGAGGGAGCGGCAAGCGAGAGCUGGUCGUCGACCAUGCGUUGGCGCAUAAGCGUGCAGCUCACCGGGUAUUGGUGGUGGACUGCAAGCCCAUACAAGAAGCUCGUGGUGACGCAUCUACCAUUGCUGCGGCUGCUGCACAAGUUGGCUACCGUCCCGUCUUCAGCUGGAUGAACAACAUUAGCGGAUUGAUGGAUCUGGCUGCCCAAGGCAUGACUGGUGUGAAGGCCGGCUUUUCAGAGACUCUGGAGAAUCAGCUAUCAAAGAUAUGGAACAACACAGCUACCGCGCUCAAGAGCAUCGCCCUGGAGAACCGCAAGAAGGACGACAAAGAUGCCAAUCUCAGCGACGACGAGUAUCUAGAGGCUCACCCAGAGUGUCGCCCAGUCGUCGUCAUCGACAACUUCCUCCACAAGAACAGCGAGGAUGGAGCAUCGCUUGUAUAUGACAAGCUAGCAGACGCCGCGGCUAGAUGGACGACCACCAAUAUCGCGCACGUCAUAUUCCUUACCAACGAUGUCUCCUUCAGCAAGUCCUUGAGCAAGGCGCUGCCGGAUCGAGUCUUCCGUCAGAUCGCAUUACGUGACUCUUCGCUCGAUACUGCAAAGCGAUACGUGAUACAGCAUCUCGACUUCAGCACUACGGAGGAGAAAGUGUCUGGUCAAGAUGGCGAAGAAGAGAGGAAGCUCACGCCAAGCCAGAAGCGCAAGGACCUCAAGGAGCUGGACGAUGUGAUACCAUUACUUGGAGGCCGCCUCACAGAUCUCGAGUUCUUGGCGCGGCGCAUCAAGGCCGGUGAAACUCCAUCCAAAGCCGUACACGAGAUUAUCGACCAGUCAUCAUCUGAAAUCCUCAAGAUGUUCCUGCUCCUCGGCAGCGAUUCACGGGAGUGGACACCACAGCAAGCAUGGUCACUUGUACGCAGCUUGGCCUCAUCCGAGACAUUACGCUAUAACGAAGUGCUAAUGCAAGACUCCUAUGGCUCUGGAGGUGACAAAGCACUAGCCGCGCUCGAGCAAGCCGAGCUUAUUACUGUGAAUUCGCUUAAUGGGCGACCAUACAGUAUUAAGCCUGGUAAGCCAGUGUAUCAGCCGGCGUUUAAGCGUUUAGUGGACGAUAAGGUCCUCUCGGCGAAGAUGGAUCUGGCUUUGCUAAGUGAGUCCAUUGGGGCGGAGAAUAAAAGUAUCGAUAAGUAUGAGCAGGAGUUGCAUUUGCUUGGGAAGCUACCGAAGCAGCCUGGUGAGUUGGAGACUAGGAUACGAUGGCUUUUGGGUAAGAUCUUGACCAGUCAGACGAAGAUCGAGACGUAUGAGAAGGAUGCAGCUGGCUUGAAGAAGAUUCUGGCUAGCGAGUACUGA